CUCGGGACCUCGCCCUGCCGUGCCCGGGAGGCCGAGGCGCGCCAUGCCCGCCUUGCUGUGGCUGCUGCUGGCGCUCCCCCAACUGGCAGCCCCUUUGCGGUGGGACACCUCGCCGUUCAUCAUAUCAGAGAGCGAGCGAGGAGAACCGCCAUGCCUGGUUGAAUGUCCCCGGGAGAGAGGGCGACCCAUCUGUGCCUCUGAUGGGAAGCUCUACAAGUCUCCAUGUACUUUCCAGAGGGCGCGUUGCCGCGAGCCUUUCCUAGAAGCUUUGCCACGGUCCCACUGCGGCGGGGGUGCCCAUCGAGAACCCAACAACGCCAAUCUCACCCGCUGCCAGGAGGACCGAGCCACUGCCCUCUCGCAGUCCCGCCGCCAGGCACAUGCCACCUACGUCCCAGAAUGCGGCGAAGAUGGAUCCUUCCUGCAGGUUCAGUGCCACAAACAGACAGGUUACUGCUGGUGUUCCACUCCAGAAGGGAAACCUAUCAGUGGGACCUCAGUCCUCAAUGAAACUCCAAAUUGUACAGGUUCCUACACAGUACGGACUUCAUGGCAAGAUCCCAACUCUUCUCGGAGAGAAGAAAGUGCCAGGCCACGGCCCACCCAGCCAAGCCCCCUGCCCCACAAACAGGAAGAGGGGACCUCCCUGCCUUUCCUAAUCCCCAUCAUCAUCCCAGAUUUCAAGCCCAACCGCACGGCAAAGCAGAUCCAAGCUACACUCCUUGCAGAAUACCCACCGUCGUGUGAGCAGGAACGGCGCGAAGCCAUUGAAGAGGCCCAUCAGCACCAACAGGAGGGCACCUUCAUCCCCGAAUGCGAGGGCGACGGCACGUACAAGAUGGUGCAGUGCCACCAGGCCACGGGGUACUGCUGGUGCGUGCGGGUGGACACCGGCCGACCCGUCCCGGGCACUUCCACACGGAAUUUCCCUCCAGACUGUGGAGUUGAUACAGCAGCCAAAACCAUAGAAAUGGGCUCCCUCUUCCGUGAUCGGACACUGCCAGGUUGUCCGGGCACCAAGAAGGCUGAAUUCAUCUCCAACCUGAUCAAAGCCUUAGCUUCAGAUAUGCUGCAGUCAAGAAUGAUGCCCGCCCCAUACCGAAGGUUUCCGGACCGCUUGACAGGGCGCAGCCUGGAGGAGCGGGUGGCCCGCUGGCAGUUUGUACGCCUGGACAAGGACUUCAGCAACAGCAUCAGCGAGCGUGAGCUCCGCCCCCUCAAGCUCUACAUGAAGAAGCACACCCGACCCAAGCGCUGCGCCCGCAAGUUCCUCGACUACUGCGACCUGGACGACGACCGGCUCAUCUCCCUGAACGAGCUCAGAGGCUGCUUAGGGCUCAGUUAACGUCAGGGUG